AUUAAUGUCUAUAUUUUCAGGAAAUAUGAAGCUGCCAAGCCCUAAGCGGCUGCUCGGCGGCAUUUUUCCAAUACUUCAAUGGUCGAAGAGUUAUAACAUCGGGACGGGCGUUGGCGACCUGAUAGCCGGGAUCACUGUGGCUCUGACGCUCAUACCACAGUCUAUAGCCUACGCCUCGCUCGCUGGAUUAGAACCUCAGUACGGUUUAUACGCAUCGCUGAUCGGCGGUUUCGUGUAUGGGAUCACGGGCACGUGUCCGCAGAUAAACAUCGGGCCCACGGCGCUGCUGUCACUGCUGACCUUCACGUACACGAACGGCACGAGUCCGGACUUCGCCGUGCUCUUGUGUCUGACGUCGGGGCUCGUCCAGCUGGUCGCCGGCACAUUGCAGCUUGGUUUCCUCGUAGAGUUCGUCUCGCUGCCAGUCGUGUCUGGCUUCACCUCAGCAGCCGCAGUCACCAUCGCCUCAUCCCAAGUCAAAGGCUUAUUAGGCCUCAAAUUUAGCGCUGAGACAUUCAUAGCUACAUGGAAGGAGAUGUACCAUCAUAUAGGAGACACAAGAUUACCUGAUACACUGCUCAGUUUAGCGUGCUGCAUUGUGCUGUUAGGUAUGAAGGCCCUAAAGGAUAUUCACAUAGGAGUAAAAGACAAUGAAAAAAGUAAAAAAGGGGUGGUUUUCAUACAGAAAAGCUUGUGGUUCGCCGGUGUAUCGAGAAACGCGGUUGUGGUCAUCCUAGCUGCCGCUGUAGCCUUCUUUGUUUAUCUGGAUGUUGGCAACCCGUUGAUAUUGACAGGUAAAAUAACGCCAGGCCUGCCGGCACCACAAGCGCCCCCGUUCCACACGAUGGUCGGGAACGUCACCAUCUCCGGGGGCGGCAUGCUGGCGCAGCUCGGCUCUGGGCUGUUGGUCGUCCCACUAGUGGGGAUCAUCUCUAAUGUUGCCAUCGCUAAGGCGUUUUCAAACGGCAAAACACUGGACGCAACACAAGAGAUCAUAGCUCUAGGCGUUUGCAAUGUGGUGGGCGCUUUUUUCCACUCCUUCCCCGUCAACGGUUCUUUCACUCGGAGUGCCGUGAGCGACGCUUCGGGCGUACGCACCCCCGCCGCUGGAUUCGUUACUGGAAUAAUAGUGCUAUUGACUCUAGCACUACUAACCCCGUACUUCUACUUCAUCCCUCGAGCAGCUCUGUCUGCCGUAAUCGUAUGUGCUGUUCUACAUAUGGUCGAUAUUGAUAUCAUCAAGAAAAUAUGGAAGUCUAACCGACUGGAUAUAAUCCCAUUGCUGGGUACAUUUGUGUGCUGCCUUGCGCUCGGUAUAGAACUCGGUCUGAUCUGCGGAGUGGGUGUCGACGUGCUUUUACUCUUGUACUACAACUCCCGACCACCUCUCGACGUGAAAUAUAUUGAGGAAGAAAAUCUCCCACCACAUUAUUCUAUCCACCCAGUGGGCAAUCUCCAUUUUGCUGGAGCGGAAAAAGUGAGAUUAAAGCUCUCCUCGCUGAAAAAUGAUAAUAAAGCAACAUUAAAGCAACUAACGAUCGUACCUGGAGCUAAUGACGGUGUUUUAUCAAACGGAGCUGGGAGCCAGUGCAAUGGCGGUGCAAGUAAUGCGACAGGAAGAGAUAUUGCUGGCCGGAGGUCGAGUGUACUUGUGAUACAUUGCGACUGUUUGUAUAGGUUAGACUAUACAUUUUUACAGAGUAUAAAUAUGUUAGUGGCAGAGUGGUCACGCAGUGGACGAGUGGUGUGGUGCGACGCGCGCCCUCUAGUGAGAGAACAGCUGAGUGCUGUUCUACCUGACGCUGUGUUCUGUGAUACUCAGCAGUUACCAGUGGUUCUUGCCGACGCCAGCUCAUCAGCCGACCACUCAGGCGUUAGUGAUACUCAACUUUAGUGCUUCAUCUAGCUUAGCGUCAAGCUAGAUCAUAAAUAACAUUGCUACAAGUG